UAGUCGUCGUUCGUCAUGCGUUUCAUUUGGUUGUUCGCUUCACUCGUGGUCCUGGCCAGUGCCGCCACAAUUAAGGAUACGGCAAAAUUGCGAUUCGAUAAUCACAGUGUCUUUAAAUUGAAAAUAAGCAAUAAACUACAAUUGGCUAUCGUCAAUAAACUGUGUUCACUAAGCGAAAAGUAUGACAUCUGGAAGGAUUACGAGGAGUACUCUAAGGAAGUGCACGUCAUGGUGAAUCCUGCUGAGCUGAAUCGCUUUCAAAUAUUAUUGAAACUCGCCGGCAUUAGCAAUGAAGUGCUUAUUCCAAAUGUGCAAAAGCUUAUCGACGAUGAGCAAGUGCCAAGUGGCCGAGAUAGCAGCACCUUUGGCUGGACACGCUACUACGAGCUGGACGAGAUUGAGGCGUGGCUCGAUAGCAUCUUUGCUGCGUAUCCAAGUGUCACCGAGGAGUUCACAGUGGGACAAUCCUACGAAGGACGCCGCAUUCGUGGCAUCAAGAUCUCGCAUGGGACCAACAAGCGAGGCAUCUUCAUUGAGUCGAACAUUCAUGCACGUGAAUGGAUCACAUCGGCGAGUGCCACGUACUUCAUCAACGAGCUGUUGACGUCCCAGGAUACAGAGGUGCGAAAUCUGGCCGAGAGUUAUGAUUGGUACAUUGUGCCCGUGUUCAAUGUGGAUGGCUUCGAGUACUCGCAUACCAAGAAUCGUAUGUGGCGCAAGACGCGUCAACCACAUGCCACCAACUCGUGCAUUGGCGUCGAUGGCAAUCGCAACUUUGAUUCCCAUUGGAUGGAGAACAACGGCGCCUCUGACAAUCCUUGCAGUGAAACUUUUGCCGGUGAUGUUGCCUUUUCCGAACCGGAAGCGAAAGCGCUGUCUGAGUAUUUGAUCAGCAUUCAGGAUAAGUUCGAUGUGUACCUUUCGUUCCACUCUUAUGGCCAGUGGCUGUUGUCACCUUACGGUCAUUCGGCGGAAGAACUUCCAGAGAACUACGACGACCUGCAGGAGAUUGGCACAGCCUUCGUUGAUGCCAUACAGAACAUGGUCUACGGCACAACUUAUGUGCGCGGCUCCACUGCAACCACGCUCUAUGUUGCCUCGGGCAGCAGCGUGGACUGGGUCUUCAAUGAGCUGGACAAGAAGGUGGCCUACACCAUCGAGUACCGCGACACCGGACGUUAUGGAUUUGUGCUGCCCCCGGCACAGAUUAAACCAAACUGCGAGGAGCUGAUGACCGGCAUGAUUGCAUUGAUUAAGAAGACCAACGAGCUGGGUUACAUAGUGUAGAUGAUGACAUUGCUUUUGUAUAUUUCUUGUUGUCGCGUUAACGAUUAAAGUACCUCAUGUAGGAGGUCAGCAGAUCGUC